UGAUAGGAGUUUAUAGAAGUUGUCUUCCAAUUUUUAAAUAUUUUCUUAGGGAAAAAUGAAGCAAGCUGUGAGUGAGGAAGAGGUACAAGUGAUGGAGGUUCAUGGGAUGGAAAGUUGAUAGGAGAUGAUCAUCAGGAUAGAAUGAGAGAAUGGAUUUGGAGGGGCAGGGUUCUGAAUGUGGCCCUCAAGACCAUCUUAAUAUGGUCUCUGUUUACCUCUUCCACCUCUCUUCUGUCCUCUCUCCUUCCUUCUGCUGUUUUAUAGCUGCACUCGCUGCCUUUCAGGUUGUGGAUGGCCCCGAGUGCAUCUCUACUUUGCCCCCUCUGCCAGGAACACUUGCCCUGUGCUGACCAACGGCUUGUGAGAUGUUUGAGUGAUGAGGGGCUGAGAGUCAGGCUGAGUGGGAGCUGGGUGGUUGAGAGGAGGGACUGGAAUAGAGAAACAACCUGAGUCAUUUCUUCACCCAGCAAAGUCUGUUGUCACUAAGCUUGUGUUCUGGUGAGGGGUCUGGCAAUGUAAAGAAGGCAAAUAUGUGCCUGAUGGAGAAAAAUAAAGCAGAUGGCCCAGGAAGGGAUGGUCAAGAAAGGCCUUGCCAUGAGCCAAGACCGAGCUAAGACAUAGAAUUCUGUCAGGAUGAGCUGACUGGAGCUGCAGAGGAAGAGUGGUCCAGGUGGAGGAAGUAGCAGGGUUGGCUUCACAUGUUUGGGUGCCUAUAGUGGGGGAUAGGGGCAGAGAAGAGGAAAGGGAUGACGGUCCAGGGGACCCGGCCUUGUUGACCACUGGCGGGCCUGGUGUUUGUGGCAGCGAGAUGGGAGCUGUCGAGGGUUCUGAACCAAGGAAUGCAAAAUGAUGAGUUGAUAGAGCCUUGGGUUGUGAAGAAUGGCUCCGAAUGGCAGGGAGGAAGCAAGGACUGGGGAGGAUGCUGUUGUCACUGCCAGGGAUGGGUGACCUUCUUGGCUUCCAAGAGUGGUUGGCUAAUAGAGGAGGAGCUGGGGAAGGAGGCUGAGAAGGUGGGAGGAAGCCAAGAUUGGAAAGUGACUUCAAAGAAAAGGGUGGUGAAAGCUGCAGAGAUUUGGAGAAGAAAUCUGAGAAGCAUCUGCUGGAUCUAGCAAGGUGGAAGUUUUGCGGGGCCUCCAGGAGAGCAACCUUGUGGUGGAGUGGGAUCAAGAUAGAAUGAGGGCUGAGGAAGUAAUGACAGCCAAGGCGGACACUUUUCUGGUCUCCUGAUGACAGGGCACAGCACCGCGUUUACCAUGCAGCACAUCGUGGGUGUGCCCCACGUGUUGGUGCGGAGGGGCCUCCUUGGAAGGGACCUCUUUAUGACCAGGACUCUCUGCAGCCCAGGCCCUAGCCAGCCCAGAGAGAAAAGACCUCAGGAGGUGGCCCUGGGGCUGUAUCAUCGCCUCACAGCUCUGGGAAGAGCCCUGGGGCACGACAUUCGGCAGCGAGCGUCCUCCACAGCCACAACUUGGUGGGACAGAUAUGAAGAGUUUGUUGGACUCAAUGAGGUUCGAGAGGCCCAGGGAAACGUGACUGAGGCAGAGAAAGUGUUUAUGGUGGCUCGAGGGCUUGUCCGAGAGGCUCGAGAAGACUUGGAAGUUCACCAGGCCAAGCUGAAGGAGGUGAGGGACCGCUUGGACCGCAUCUCCAGAGAGGAUAACCAAUACCUAGAACUGGCUACGCUGGAGCACCGAAUGCUGCAGGAGGAGAAGAGGCUUCGGGCAACCUAUCAGCAUGCUGAAGACUCUGAGCGAGAGAAGUUCUCCCUCUUCUCUGCAGCUGUGCGAGAAAGUCAUGAGAAGGAGCGCACUCGAGCUGAGAGGACCAAGAACUGGUCCCUCAUUGGGUCAGUCCUGGGGGCCCUGAUUGGUGUUGCGGGCUCCACCUACGUGAACCGUGUCCGGCUGCAGGAGCUGAAGGCAUUGCUUUUAGAGGCACAGAAGGGUCCUGCUAGCCUCCAGGAGGCCAUCCGAGAACAGGCAUCCUCCUACUCCCUCCAGCAGAGGGACCUCCACGACCUCAUGGUGGACCUAAGGGGCCUGGUACAAGCUGGGCCCAGGCAGAGCUCUGGAGCCCAGGCAGGUACUUCUCCCACCCGAGACAGAGACACUGAUGUCCUUUCAGCUGCUUUGAAGGAGCAGCUCAGCCAUUCCAGGCAGGUCCAUUCCUGUCUAGAGGGUUUACGAGAGCGACUUGAUGGCUUGGAAAAGACUUUCAGCCAAACGGCUGAGGUGGUUCAGCUUGCAAAGGCUGCAGCACAUCCAGGCCUGGUGGAGCAAGCAAAUGGGGCUCUGCCUGGCUCCUUGCUGGAACAGGGGAGCAUGAUCCUGGCACUGUCGGACAUGGAGCAGAGGCUAGAAGCCCAGGUCAACAGGAACACCAUCUACAGCACGCUGGUCACCUCUAUGACAUUUGUGGCUGCACUACCUAUACUCUACAUGCUGUUCAGGCCCAGUUAGCCCCUGACCCUCCUCCAAAGGGUCUGAGGGUAUAGGUGUGGAUAUGGAUUUAGUUAGAGAAUCCCAACAAUGAAGUGAGCCUUUGGGGUGCACCCAGCCUCAGCCUGAGGCUGAGCACCGUCUGUGUGGCUCACUGGUAGGCAUACUUUGCUUUUUAGAAAAUACUCAUUUACAUUAAUUAUCAAAACUUUGUGCUGAUGUCCAAUUAAAAUAUCUUUGGGUUUGUGUUACUUAAAGUAA